AUGUCACCGAGCACCGAAAUACCACCGGCGACGGCGACGGCGGCGGCGGCGGUGAUGACUGGGACUCCCGCCUCCGACAUCGCCCAACCGGCAACGGCAUGUGCUACAGCCGUCUCACGACCGCUUACAACACCCGCGAUUGCCGUCCCGGAAGGCGUGACGGUGGUCUAUGCGGAACGCAAGCGGACCGGCCGCAUCGCCGGCGCAAAAUACAAAGCCGACGGCACGCCUUAUGGGCGCUCCGGCCCGGCGCCGAAGCCGCUGCACGAGAGGACAUCAUACAAGGAGCGCGCGCCGGUGAAGCGGCUAGAGCGGUCGUACACGGCGCAGCGGAAGAGAGAGGUGAUUAUGUUUCUGGAGAGCCACAAGCUGCCGUGCGACGACAACGAUACGCGAGCGCGGCGGAACCGGGCGGAUCAGCAGCCGCCGGCGGAGAAGGGGUACCGGUGGCCCACUCUCUCCGAGGCGUCGGAGUGGUUCAAGGUGCCCGAGGGGACGAUCCACAGCUGGUGGCAGAAGAGGGACAAUAUCAUGGGGAGGGCGCCGAAGAAGCCAACCAGGGCCGAGCAGAGGCGGCUGGCGGAGGAGGUGGAGAGGAAGAGGAAGGAGGACGAGGACAGGCGGACGCAGCUGGCGGCCAUUGGUUGGCCAGCGGAAAAGCUCCCUUCUGGCACUUCCGGGACUCCCAGUACUCCUUGUGCUUCAGGCGCUGUUACCAGUGGCGACGACGGAUCUGGAGAGGCGAUGGAGUGCGUUGAAGGGCCAUCUCGGUCAGUCCCCGGACGACAAGAGACACCAGAGGGUGUGCCAAUGUAG